AUGUCAAAUACAUCAUUAUCAACAAAAUUAUCGAAUGUUUUACCAAAAAAUUCAAAAUUUAAAUAUUUAUAUAUUCAAUCAAAUCCAAUAUAUAUAAAAUCACCAAUUCAUCAACUUCCCAAACUAAAAAAUUUAUCAAAUACUUUAAAAAUUCGUCAUUUUUUUAUACUAAUUGAAAAUGAUAUUAUAAUAUUAGGUAUUGAAAUAUUUAUAUAUUUACAAAUUUUUGAUAAUUAUAUUGAUCAAUUUAUAUUUGUUUCAAAAUGUGAUACUGUUGGUUUGAAAGAGAUAAAUUUUAAAAUUGGUGAUGUUGUUAGAGAAGUAUUGGAUUUUAUUAUAAAUUAUGAUAUUAAUAAAUAUCAAAUUAAAGUUAAAAAGGAAAAACAAAGGAAAGAUACUGAUGACGAACCUAUAUAUAAUGGUUCGAAUGAAACAAAUGGUACACUUUUACUACUAAAUAAAUUGAUUAACAAUUUAAAGCAAAAUCCACUGACUUUCAAUCAACUUCCAUAUUAUAAUAAAAACCGAUCUAAUUCAAAACAACAAUCACCAAAAACACUUUUAAAACUUCCAAAUACAAUUAAUUUAAAACUUUGCAUCUUCACAAAAACAGCACCACAAUAUAUUUUCCCAAAUUCUUCAAAAAAUAAAUUAAAACAUAAAAUAAAUGGUCAAAUUUUAUUAAAUUGGUGGUUAAAAAUUGUAAAUUCAAUAACUUUAAAUUGGACCACCAAGAAAUUAAUAAUUCCAGGAUCUGAUAAUCAAUCUAUAUUAAAUUUUAUAAAACCAUUUAAUAAUAAUUGGUCAAUUGGUCAUAUUUUUGAUAACCACAACCAAAAUGAUUUAGCAAUUUAUUCUAUCCCUUUAUUUCCUGAUGAUCCAAAGGGAAGAUUUUUAGAACAUUUAAUUAUUGAAAAUAGAUAUUCUAAUAUGAAUAUUUCACAAUUUUAUAAAGAAUUGGGUUAUAGACAAGAAUUUAGAAUUGGUGAUUGUGUUGGAUUAAUUGGAUGUGAAUUUAAAAAUUAUAUAUUUGAUAAUAAUACUACAACCACUGAGGAUAAAGAAGAUGAUAUAAUUAAAGUAACAGUUUCCCAAUAUAAACAAUUUAUAAAUUUAUUAAAAAAUAUAAAUUAUAAUAUUGAAAUUGAUAUAAAUUAUAUGAUUGAAAAUGAAAUACCAAAUUUUUUUAUAAAUCAAUUGGGAUUUAGGGAUUUUGAAUAUGGGGAAGUUAUUGGAAGUAAAGAGGUUGAUAAUAGUAAUUCAAAAACUCAAGAUUUAGGUCAGAAACGUAUUCAAACUAAUGAUUUAACUGGAUUAAUUAAACGAAAGAAGAAGUGA